GUUGCAGGGGAGACCUGAGCAUGAGGCGGGUCACCCUAUUUGUGAGGGGAAGCUCCCGGCACGGCAAGGUGGUUCUAGUCUCUGGGUCUCUCUCAGACCUGCUGUCUCUGGCCAGCAUCAGGUUUGGAAUACAAGCAACACAAGUGUUCAACGAAAAUGGAGGACAGAUAGACGAUGUUUCUCUCAUCCGUGAUGAUGAUAUCCUGUAUGUGUCUGAGGAGGAAUCUGAUGUAGACCCAAUGAACAGUUUCGACAUCCCUGAGCAGCUAACAGGAGGUCAUACAGACUGGCUUACCCUGAAUGUGGGAGGUCGAUAUUUUACCACUACAAGGAGCACACUUGUCAGCAAGGAACCAGACAGCAUGUUGUCCCACAUGUUCAGCGACAGAGAUGCCUGGGGAAAUAAAAGGGAUCAUACCGGUGCUUUCCUGAUUGACCGCAGUCCAGAAUAUUUUGAGCCGAUCCUAAAUUACCUGCGUCAUGGGCAGCUGAUAGUCAAUGAUGGAGUGAACCUGCUGGGAGUACUGGAGGAGGCCAAGUUCUUUGGUAUCGAUUCUUUGAUAGAACACUUGGAACUGGCCAUCAAGAAUUCCCAACCUGCAGAUGAUCAUUCUCCCAUAUCUCGUAAGGAGUUUAUUCGAUUCCUCUUGGCCACUCCCACCAAAUCAGAAUUGCGCUGCCAGGGUCUCAAUUUCAGUGGUGCUGACCUCUCUCGCUUGGAUCUAAGAUAUAUAAACUUUAAGAUGGCCAACCUAAGUAGAUGUAAUCUGACCCAUGCAAAUCUAUGUGGAGCCUGCUUGGAGCGGACUGACCUGUCUGGAUCGGUAUUAGAUGGGGCCAAUCUCCAGGGGGUGAAGAUGCUCUGCUCUAAUGCAGAAGGAGCUUCCCUAAAAGGAUGUAACUUUGAAGAUCCAUCUGGACUGAAAGCAAAUUUAGAAGGGGCUAAUCUGAAGGGCGUUGACAUGGAGGGCAGUCAGAUGACUGGCAUUAACCUACGUGUAGCAACUCUUAAAAAUGCCAAACUGAAAAACUGCAACCUACGGGGCGCUACCCUGGCAGGGACAGACCUAGAGAACUGUGACCUCUCGGGAUGUGACCUGCAGGAAGCCAAUCUCCGGGGCUCCAAUGUAAAAGGUGCCAUCUUUGAAGAGAUGCUGACCCCUUUGCACAUGUCUCAGAGCGUCAGAUAGACAGAGACACGGGACCAUCCCGUCUAUAGCACUACAGAGUCUGCCUCUUGCAUUGCAGGUGUGAGGGAAUCCUCUCUCGGAGAGAGCAACAUAUAUUUAACUUAUCCAGGACUGAAACGUGUAAUCCUACAGUCACCUUAAUUAUUCUGUUGCUGGUUGUCUGCACCACCAGAAGCGCCUCCCCUGCUUGCAUCACUGCGCACAUCGGCCUGCCGUUGCUUUAUACACUUCUCUCACAUGCAUUCAGCUGAAUUGUAAUAAACAGGGUCACGUGUGUACUAGCCUACCGCACAGGCACACAUGCAUGCUUAGGCCCAGAUGUGUGGGACGUGUCCCACUUGACUGUAUAGCAGAACAUAAUGAGAAGAUUGAUGCACACAAAUGUAGGCUGCACAUUUAGACGUAUAUGAAUAUGAGCACACAAGACUAUAUGCUCACAAGGAUUCUAGCACCCAUGGCUGUUGGAACCCUAAACUCAUGCAAUCAAUGAGCUACCUGCACCAAAUAAGUGCAAACAUAAUCCAUGUCCUGUCCAAUCUUUCAGCAGCCAGUGGAGGGGUUGAGUUAUUUCCUAACUAGCUGAUGAAUAGAGAUGGGACUGGGGCCCAAGAAGCACUAAUAGUAAUGAUGGCAGUUGACAGCACUUUGGGUAUAUAUAGAUAUGCAAGCCCACUUUUGUUGUUUAACCUAGCACAUAAUCCGUGAUACAGUGUAUCCAUGGAAACUCCUGGCCUGCAUCUCUGUGAUCAUAAUAAAUAGGUCCUGUUGCAGACGUUCGGAUCAAGAAGUGGCUCUGGGCUGUACAACCCUGACUAUCCCUGAAUGCUGAGCAUUCUAUAGAGGGUGGGGAUACUGUAUGAGCAGUUCUGCAUAUCAGCAGCCCCUGGUCUACUGCUAGUGCCUGAAUUUCUGUUCUCUGUGUCGCGUUGACGUGCAGUCGCACACCAUCGCCAGGUCAGGAGUCACUUAGUGCCUUAAAGUCACAGCUGCUUCUGAAAGAGAUUUUCAGUUAUGCAAAACAACAGUAGCGUGCAUUGAACUGUUAUCCCUUUCCCUGAUAUACAAUAAAUAUUUUUUUGCGUUUCUCA